AUGGAUGACAUAUUCACAAACCCUUUUAGUGAUAUGUAUGGUUUCACUGUAAGCUCAGGAGGAUCAGGAAAUCCAGAAAAUGAUGAUUCUACAUCAAACAAUACCAACACAAAUCAAAUCAAAGAGAAAAGGAAGGAAGCAUGGGAAUCAGAAAGCGCGUUUGGAACUUUUAAUCGUCCUCCAAAGUUAAUGGCUAUUGAAGAUUAUACAAGAUGGGCAAUAAAAUUUGAAGAAUGGUUGAUGGCGUUUGCUUUCCCCAGCUGGAAAAGCAUGAAAAGUGGGUAUGCUGCGGGUAAAAACAAUGGUGAAGUAUUGAGAAGUAAUGAAGAGAUUGAUCUAUUCGUUGCUGAACAGAAAUGUGUAGCACUACUAUUUCAAUCUGUCAGGGAAGAUAUUAUUUCACUAAUCAGCUACACCAACGCCAAAGAUUUGUGGGAUAAACUGGGAAAGAAAUGUCUGGGAAGUAAAGAAAUCUUAAAGAACAAAACUAAACUACUAAAAAAGGAGUUUGAUAUGUUCAGUUGUUUCAAAAAUGAGUCAGUCUGCAAAAUGAUCGAACGUUUUGGUCAUCUUAAGUUGGAACUUGCACGUCAUGAUAUCAAAUAUCCUGAUGAGGAGAUAGUUGAUAAACUGUUCGAUUCUUUACCAGAUGAAAUGGACUGGAGGUACUAUGCUUUGAUGUUGAAAAACACCAUUCCUCCAGAAGAACUAAAACCAGAUGUAGUGAUUGAACGACUGGAAAGCCAUGAGCUAGAAUUAAAGAAAACGUACAAAGUCAAUCAUUCAUAUCAACAAAAUCCAGAACUAUACUAUCCCAAAAGUUUGAUGCCCAAAGCCUCAUCACCUAAAACUGCAUUUUCUGCCGAAAACAUAUCUCCAGCUCCUAAAGAAAAUCAAAGCAACUCAAACAAAGAAAGUCACAGUGGAUAUCAUAGUGGGUCUACUUCUAUUCCUACUGCCUCGACAAAUCGUUCUGAUUCAAAGUUCUCAUGUAAUAUUGCUGUUGAUCUGAAGAAUGCACAAAACUUUGAUGAAGAAUCUGUGAAGCAACAGAUGGUGUUUCUAGCAUCUGUGCUAGAAUCAUAUGAGGGGCUGAUUGCUGGAAAGAUUGGGAAUACUAAUCUGACAAAAGAAGACUAUGAUCAGAUAGAUCCCGAAGAGAUGGAGUUAAUUGAUAUCCAAUGGGCAAUGGCGAGUGCAGUGCGACGUGCACAACGCUUUAUGGAGAUAACAGGAAGAAAAACAAUCGGUGGUCCUUCAACAAAGCUGGGAUUUGAUAAAUCAAAGGAUGACUACUACAAGAAAGCUAUCUAUCAUCAGAAUAAGUCCGAACCGCCAAGAAUAAAGCAAUCUGAAGACAACAAAGGAAAAUCUAGAGCCUUGGCAGUGAUUUACGAUGAUGAAGGAUAUGAUUGGAGUAAGGAAGUAUUACCUGAAGAUGAUGCUAUUGGUUAUGCUUUUAUGGCGAGUCAUAAUGAACCAAUUCAAUGGAAGGAUAAUCGUACAGAACAACAAAAGUACGAAUAUCGAAAAAUGGUUGCUGAAGCAAAGAUCAUCCGACUCUCAGGUGUUUAUGAGGAAGCAACACGUGCAAACCGAUGGGAUCCAGAUAGAGAGUGUUAUUUGGAUGAAUAUGGUAACAUUGCUGUUGACUACAAGAAGAUAGACAUUGAAGCCAUUAUCCAAGAAUACAAAGAAGAGGAUGAGUACUGGCAACACAAAUGGUGGGGUACACCAACAUCGAAAAUGAUCGAGGAAGAAAGAGAGAAAGAAAGAAGAGAAAAGGAGAAGAUAGAAGAACCUGUGAAAAUUGACACCGGGUUGAUCAACACUGCACAGGAGAUGACAGCUGAAAACUUGAGAGAAAUGGCUGAUAAAGUGCUUGCUGUCAAAGCACUUGAGGUAGAUUCUACUCCUAAUUCUGAGUCAAAGAAACAGGUCAGUCAAACUAAGUCAUCAACUGUGUCAGUGGUUGAUGGAAUUGUUAGCGUUGAUGCAGAAACCACUGUGGAUGAUGAUGAUAAACAAUCUGCAAUGGGACGAGGAAAAGACACUAACAAAGGACACAAUGUUCCAAGUGCAAUUGAUGAGGUCUCUACAAAAGGAACAGAAGCAGAAAAAAUGGCUGAGUGCUUAAGAAAAAGCAGAAUUGCUAAGGCAUUGUCUGAUACAACAAUAGUUUAUGAAUCUCAUGUUAGAAGAUUCUGGGACACUGCAAGGUUUGAAGAAAAGGAUAAUAAAAUUCAUGCAGUAGUCAAGAAGAAAGAUGAAAACAACAAGGAUAUUGAUGUUGAAGUAGUGUUUGGAGUAGAGGACAUAAGAAGGGUUCUUGAUUUACAAGAUUCUGACAAUGAUCCAACGAUCAUGUCAGAACGUCUUGCUAAAGGGCUAUGGUGUAGAUUGGGAUUUUCUUCACACAUCAACGGAAAAAUGUUCAAAAGGAGUUUCUCGAGUCAAUACAGAUACUUAAUGCAUUGCUUAGUGCAUUCCCUAUCUCACAGAAAGGGAGCCUAUGAUGAGGUGUCUAACUACAUAAUGAACAUUGUUGUAAAAAAUUGCUUAGCUGGGAGAGACAAAUACAUUAUGUACCCAAGAUUCAUUAUGAUGAUCUUGGAUGACAAAGUUAAGGAUUUGCCAAAGAAUAAUGAUGAUAUUAUGGCAAUGGCUGAAGUGAAUAAGACUGCUAUUCAGAGAAUCACAAAGGAGAAGGAUGCUAAAACAAAAGAGUUGAUUUGUGCAUUAAAGGAUGAAUCAUACGUAGCACCUGAAAAUGAUAAAUGGAGACAUGAUAAUAGUGAUUCAGACAAUGAAGACAAUAAGAUGAGUGAAAUGAUUGAAAAGAAAACCAGAUGGUGGUGUAUCAAAGAUGGAAAGAGAAAGAGAACACCAAAGUCGACCCCUGUGGUUGUAAUUAAAGAAACAGCAAAGGGGUCUUCUGAAGAACCUCAAAGAAAGCUAAUUGAUGAACCUGUCAUAGAACCGAGGGAGGUGAUUGAUAAAGGUGUUGGUUUAAAAGAGACUUUGGAAAGCUAUUUUAAAAAGCAUGAAGAGGAUGAACAAGCACAAGCUCAAAAGAAAGUUGGUCAAGAGGAGGAAGCUCAAAAGAACUCCAGUAAUGAAGAUUCAGAAGAAACUUUAUCUGAAUCUGAACUGGUCAAAGAGACAGUGGGAAAAGGAAAGAUGAAGAUUCACCGUACAAUCCUGAGGAUUCCCAGAAAAACAAAAAAAAGAAAAGCUACUCGCAGUGGUGAUAUUCCAAGAGUGGUUAGAGCAAGGAAACAGAAUGCUAAAUCACAAAAAGAGAAGGAAGGGAAGAAGAAACAGGACUCUGCUGAAACUAGUCCUGUGGUUGAAAUACCAAAAGAAGUUCCUUUAACAGAAAUUCCAAUUGAAACACAAACUUCUUAUGAUGAUUAUGUGGAGAUCACCGGAGUUAAAUCUGCUAAACAAACAUCUGAUCGUCAUGAUAUUCCAGAAUCAUCACAACGAAAGACAGAUUAUUUCAACUUAGAUUUUGAUAGCCUUGGUGGUGCUACUGGAGAUUUCUUUAAAGACAUACCAGAUAGUGAAGGAGACCUAUUUCAUGAUCAAAAGAUGAAAGAAUUGGAAGAAAAAGUCAAAGCCUUGGAAAAGGAAAAGGAAGAAAACGAAGCUGUGCAAAUAAAGUUGAAGGAAAUGAUUGAUGAAUUGGAGAAACGGCACGAAGACGUAAUGGAUGCAGUGCUUACAAAAGAUGAGAAAUUGAAUGAAAUGAAGGAAGAUAUAAAAGAUAAUGCAGAAGUUAUUAGCGCACUUACUGAUGAAAUUGCUGCAUUGAACGCCAAAGUCAAAGAUUUGCAGAAUAUCAAUCAGACUUUGAAUCAACUCUUAAAUGAGAUGAAUGAAGCUUCGACAAAUGAAAUGAAGGCAAUAAAGCUAGAGAUGGAAGCUAUGAGAGCAGAUAAGGUGAUGAAAGAUAAGCAACUAGAAAUGCUUACGGCUGUGAUUGAAGCACAUCUGAAGGUGAACAUCCACGAGGCUUUUGAUCAAGUUGACAUUAUCAAGGCAAAUGAAAGAAGGAAAGAAAGAGAAAGACAGCUUGCUGAAGAAGCUAACCUGAAAAAUAAAGGCAUAGCAGAAGAAGUUGAAGUUGUUGGAUCUUCACAAAAUCAACUUGAGGUAGGUGGAUCAUCUUCUCAACCAGAAAUUGAAAUGGUGGAUGCUCAAAAUGUUACAGCAAAUGAUGAAGAAAUGGUGGAAGCAGAAAAUGAAGCAGUUCAUGAACCAGAGUUUAUUAUGGUUGGUGAAUCUGUAGAGCCUAUUAUUCCGGAGAAUAUUUUGAGAGACGUUCAAAUCAUACAAAGAAAGAAAAAGGCUAAAGAAGUAUUACUACUGGAGUACUCUACCGACAAGUUUGUAUUAGUUGGAAAAGCCUAUAGAGUGCCCUAUAGUGAAGAAGAAUCUGCCAAGCUGUUAAGAUUUUAUGAAUUAAAGGAUCAAGGGAAGAUAGCUAGAGGAGAAGUGGAAGAAGAAUCUGAAGAAUCUGAUAGCACAUCGGGUUUGCUAAUCAAUGAUCCAUCUGUUCAAGAUAAAGUAAAUGAACUCAUGAAUGAUGAAGUGAAUGAACAGAAUGAUGAUGCAGAGUGUGAAGGGUCAUCUUCUGGAAACCAAUCCGGUGAACAGGUACAUCAACUCACAUCUACUUUUAUUUCUCUUUCUGAACAUCAUCAAGGAGAAGUAGAUAUUAUCAGAACAAGAGCUGAAAUGCUUGAGGAGUUGGGGUUAGAAGAUGGGAAGUUUAAAUUUGAUAUCGAAGAUGAAAUCCCAGAGUCUCCGAUUAAAAACUUUGAACCACAAUUUCCACUUGAAGCAGAAUUUUAUGAUAAUGUGACCAUAGAGACUGAUUCAGAUUCGGAAGAAGAAAGAAUAGAUUUUCACUAUGAAGGUGAAGACAUGGCAUUUCCUACAUUCACAGAGUUAUUUGAAGACAUGAAUGCAGAAUUAUUGAAGAGAAAAAUUGAAGAAAGAGUUGCAUCUGCUGAUAUGCCUGAACCAGUUCCAAGAGAAAUUUCUGCUGAAGAGAGAAAGAAAUGGUUCAGAUCAAUGCCAAAGGAAAGAAAGCCUCUUAGAGCCCUACAGUAUUUUACUCAUGAUAAAGACUUAUCUUGGGGUGAUAUUCUUUCUUGGGGGUAUCUGGAAGACUUGAAUGUUUAUGCAAUUCGAAGAGAGCAAGGUGUUCAAUACUUCAGGUGUAUUUAUGAUCUUGCUACCUUACCUUGGUGGGACGUAGAUGAAUUGGUGGUUACAAAGAAUAUUAAACAAUUCUACUACGGUCCUGAAGUAAAACAGAGAGACCAGAAGCUGUGGAAUUACAUCAAGUAUCAAGCAACGAUCAAUUAUCCAGAUUGGAAACCACAGUUUCCUAAGAGAAUUGUGAAGUAUACAGCUAAAGGUGAGAAGGACGUUACUCUUGAUGUCAAACCGCCAAAGUGUUUGAAGAGCAUGCCUUUAAGGGCUAUUGAGCAGGAUUUCUAUGAUUUAUUUCAAGCAUGGCUCUAUAAUCCUUCUACUGCUGAAGCUGUGAUCUCUUUGUACGAUAAAGACACUGGUGAAGCUAGGAAAAUUUGUAUUCUAGACCCGAUGUGGCUGGUAAAUUGCUCAAAGAAAGACAUAGAUUGCUUGUUUGUCCACAAGAUAAUCUAUGACAAGAAAGACAAAGCCAUUGCUCAGCAGUACCAGAGUGUAGUUGAUGUCUGUUUUGCUAAAGAAAUCAACUCUGGUAAGAACUGGAAAACUUCAUGGAGAGAAAUAGAGGUUGAUGAGUUUCUAAAGGUGUACAAGAGAAGUUUAAGAUCCAAGGAAAUUCAGAGAAAAGCUGUUGAAAGAGGAAGACGAAAUCUUGGAUUUGUACCUCCUACUGAUCAGACACCCAUAGAGUCUGAAGAGAACAAGAUCCCUAAGUGGGACAGAAAAAGAGAUGGAGAUCCAGUGUACAGAAAUUGGUGGAUAACAGAAGGAAGACAUAAGAGAAGACAAAUGUUAGCUGAACGAGAAGAGAAGAGAAAACAAAAGGCACGAGAUAGAAGACGCAACAGGAAGUAA